GAAGCUACAAAUCAAUGAACAGUAAGAAGCACUGUUGCACGUGCGUUGUGCAUUCAGGACGGUGACGUCUCUGUAAAUGAAUUCUAAGUUUAUUUGUAGAAAUACAUUUUUUCUGCACAAAAUAAUGUCAUAAUGAAGAUUCUGAAAGAUGGAGAAUGGAUUUGCUUUAUUGAAGCUUCUGCUUAUUUCAGUAUUUUCUCUUCGUGUCUCCUCAGCAGAUCCACACUCUCUGCAGUACCUCCACACUGGACUCCCACCAGGAACACAUUUCCCAGAGUUCACUGCUGUUGGUCUGUUUGAUGGAGAGCAGUUUGUGUACUAUGACAGCAACAUCAGCAGGAUGAUCCCAAAGACAGAGUGGAUCCAGAACAUCAGUGCAGAUUACUGGGACAGAGAGACUCAGAAGCAGUAUGCUAAUCAGGAAAUCUUCAAAAUUUACCUGGAUGUAAUAAAGAAGGAGUUUAAUCAUACUGAAGGAAUUCAUACACUACAGAGGAUGUACGGCUGUGAGAUUGAUGUUAACGGCACCACUAGAGGAUACGAUCAGUACGGUUAUGAUGGAGAAGAUUUCUUCAGUCUGGAUCUGAACACUGGAAGCUGGACUGCAGUUGAUGAUGAAGUUGAGAUCUUUAUAAACAGAUGGGAUCCGAGAAGAUCUGAGGCUAAAUACUGGAAGAACUUCAUGGAGACUGAGUGUAUCGACUGGAUAAAGAAGUUCGUGUCUAUGGAGAGGAAAGUUCCUCCUGCAGCAUCUGUGUUCCAGAAACACUCGUCUUCUCCAGAGGUGGUGUGUCAUGCUACAGGUUUCUUCCCCAAAGCACUGAAUAUCUGCUGGCAGAAGGACGGAGUGGACGUGUAUAAGGGCGUGGAUCUCAGAAAGACUUUACCCAACCAGGAUGGAAGCUUCCAGAAGAGGAGCAUUCUGAAAGUCUCAGCUGAGGAGCUGCAGAAACACACCUACACCUGUGUGAUUGAGCACAGCAGCUUGGAGAAGGAGAUGGUGCUCAAAGUACCAAAAGGUGGAGGAUCAGAUGGAGGACUGAUUGUGAUUGGGAUCGUCGUUGGUGUGGUCGUGUCUCUCCUUUUUCUUGUUGCUGUUGUUGCUGGAAUUGUGGUCUGGAAAAAGAAAAACUUUGGUAAAAAGAGGAAAAAACAGGAUUUAAACCUGUUCCAUCCAGUGCCUCCUCUGAAGGAGAUUCUUCCUCCAUUAACUUCUAAAGUGUGAGAGUGUGUGAUCCUGCUGCAGUGAAAACUUCAACCUGCAGUCAGAUGAUCAUCCAUAAUACAGCAGUGGAACUGAGGAGAUAUGAAUAGCAGGAUAUGGAUCAGAUGGGUGAUGAUGUCACUGCACACAGCCUGAGAUUAUCAACAUCUUCACAAUUGAAUCUAAUCCAGCAUUCUGACACAAAACAUCAGACUUCAUCAUCAGUAAAAGCUGGUGUUCGCUUUUUAGUUUGGAUGCUCUGAUUUCCUGUAACGUUUUAAACACCUUCUGAAAUCUGGUAUUUUUUAUAAAGCGCUUCAGCACUUUUAUUCUUUUUAAAAUAAGUGAUUAUUUAUCUAUUGUCAUGUAGCAUCUUCAUCUUUUCACUGUUUACUGUAUAAUGCGGAAAUAAUCAUAACAGUUCACUUGCCUCCAAUAUUUGCAUUAACAAAACCAGUAUUUGCACAUUAAGUCAAAAAUGUUGUUUUUUAAAAUGUUGUCCUGUGUGUGUGUGUGUGUGUGUGUGUGUGUGUGUAUAUAUAUAUAU